UGUUUACAGUAAUGGCACAAGACACUGGUGACCUUGAUGUAUAUAGGUGCUUUGUUUGCUACUCAUUUAGUAUUGUGCAUCUAAACUUUCACACAUGCACAAAUGCCUAUGAGAGUGACAUAAUGUCACUAACAUCAAAUCCAAUCCAAUUAUUUUCUGACAAUACUUUCAUUAAGAUAUGCCCAUACACUGUCAACUGCUUGAAAUGUGUGAUUACAGGUUUGCAAACAUAUUUUGUGGGGGAAAAAAACAAAACAAGUAAUUAUCUGAAAAAACGUUAAUGGUGUUUUUACACACAGAUCUGAAGAUGGAGUCCAUCAGCUGUAGAUUGCUUUCAAGCUGUUUUGCAAACCAGUAUCUGCUGGCGAUUCACAGCGCACAGCGCACCUCCUGGCGCCCAGAGCUCUCCAGGCUGAUAAGUGCUCUGAAAGAGGUAGGGGAUAUUCAUUCAGGGCUCAGACUCGCCAUAUCCUCAACAACCCAGAGAGCUAUAAAGUUAAAUAAAAGAUACACCAUCCUGGUGAUCUAAAGCAUUAAUAAUUCAGUUUAUGUUACAGUUUUAUCCGCCCUGGCGCGAUAAGGCGCACAGCAGAAGGUAAGCGCACAAGGGCGAACAUUUGUCCAUUUGAGUCAGUGACCGAAAAAUAACUGUGAAAAACUUAACCCCACGACAGAAGAAUAACGGGAAGGUAGAAUGUCUUAUUCCGCUCCUUCUCAGGGGAACACACGGAGGUUUUCUGGUGUGGCACGUGGAAAUAGACCACCGGAUUUGGAGCUGUCGGGAACCAAUUUUUGCGCGCCUGAACCUGGGACACCUGUGGCCAACGAUACGUUUUCUGAAAGAGACAAAAUGCCAGAGGAUAGUAACACUCCCAACGAGGUACCCCCUGUUCACCUCCACCCGUACUUAUCUCAUCCCCGGAUGUCUGUGCGGAUGUCGGUGUAUAGUACCGGGGUCCGUCCAGUCCUCACCCGCGCCUACAUCCAAGGACGCGUGUAUAACUUUCUGGAAAGGCCGUCUGGCUGGAAAUGCUUCGUCUAUCACUUCACAGUGUUUCUCAUAGUUCUGGCCUGUCUGAUCCUCAGUGUUCUGUCUACCAUUGACCAAUACCAGGCCUUGGCUUACACAACACUCUUCUGGGUGGAGAUUGUCCUUGUGGUAUUCUUUGGUGUGGAAUAUUUUGUCCGCCUCUGGUCAGCAGGUUGCCGCAGUAAAUAUGUUGGCAUCUGGGGCCGAUUCCGCUUUGCCAGGAAGCCAAUAUCUGUUAUAGAUCUCAUUGUAGUUGUUGCUUCAGUAAUUGUGCUGUCAGUGGGCUCCAAAGGCCAGGUCUUUGCCACCUCUGCUGUAAGAGGAAUUCGCUUCCUGCAGAUCCUGCGAAUGCUCCAUGUGGACCGGCAGGGAGGAACCUGGCGUCUCCUAGGCUCUGUUGUCUUCAUCCAUCGGCAGGAGCUGAUCACUACCUUAUACAUUGGCUUUCUGAGCCUGAUCUUCUCCUCGUACUUUGUCUACCUGGCAGAGAAAGAUGCAGUCGACAGCAGUGGCUCAUCCGAGUUUGGAAACUACGCUGAUGCUCUGUGGUGGGGAGUGGUGACAGUCACUACCAUUGGAUAUGGAGACAAAGUGCCACAAACCUGGAUUGGAAAGACCAUUGCAUCCUGUUUCUCAGUCUUUGCCAUUUCAUUCUUUGCUCUGCCUGCGGGAAUCUUAGGCUCAGGCUUUGCCCUGAAGGUGCAGCAGAAGCAAAGACAGAAACACUUCAACAGACAGAUCCCUGCAGCUGCCUGUCUCAUUCAGACAUCAUGGAGAUGUUUUGCGGUGGAUAACUUUGAUUCUGCCACAUUCAAGAUGUUUUUGAGAAAGAGAUCCAACAUCACCGCCUCCUCUCUGUCUACCCCCAAACCCAAGAAAUCGGUGAAAAUAAGGAGGAUAUUGAAAAGCACUGACAAGGACAACGGUCCAACUUCUCCCACAAUUCCCAGCAUCACUUACGACACUGUUUUUGACGGUGGGAGGGAGCUGAGUUCAGAUGUUUACAGCACUGUGGGCACAGAUCACCAGCAGUCCUGGACGUCUUUGUCUUCCCUUCAGUUCAGCUCACCGCCUCCAGUGAAAAGAAGCCCUGGCCUUUUGGACAUCCAUUCCCCCGGCUCCCUCCAGAGGAACUGCAGCUUUGCAGAUGACCUGGAACUGGAUCCAGAGCGAGACAAUGAACUGGCUCCUGCCACCUCAGUGUCACAAUUGACAGAGUCACACCGAAAAGCCAUCCGGGUGAUCCAGAGAAUGCGUUAUUUUGUGGCCAAGAGAAAUUUUCAGCAAGCUCGUAAACCGUAUGAUGUGCGAGACGUGAUUGAGCAAUACUCCCAGGGUCACCUCAACCUCAUGGUGCGCAUCAAGGAGCUGCAGAGAAGACUGGACCAGUCUAUAGGGAAAAUAACUUUGUUCCAGUCAGGCUCAGACCGAGCCAAAGACAAAGGCACCAACUCUAUCGGAUCCAGACUCAACAGGAUGGAGAACAAGAUAACACACAUGGACCAGACGUUAAACCGCAUCGCAGAGUCCCUCGCCUUUCUGCUAGACCAGAGGGAUGUUGAUGGGGGCGAAGGUGAAGGCAGGCAGAGGCCACGGCUUGGACGGACCUCUAAUGUUCUCCCCAGCCAGGACAGCCUGCCAAGCUACGACCAGCUAUCUUCAUCACCUUCGUCCUUCUCCAACACCGCCAGCACUGCGGCUUGCCUCAACCAUCCCCUGAGCACCACCGCCAGUCAGGAUGAGAACUGCUGAAACCUUCAACCAAGUAGCCUCAGAGUCUGUCUGUCUGUCUGUCUGUCUGUUAACAGAUCCAUGUCAAGUGAAAGUUAACUGGCUGAUGAGAAGGUCACGGCUAGCCUUAGCUAAAGCGAAAACAAUAUUUACUUUUUCCCUAGGUCUUUUCUGUAAAUGUAUACUCUUGAGACAGACAAGUUAGGUAAAAACUUGUGGUCAAAAGCAAAAAUUAGGCAUAUAACAGACAGAGAGACAAGAGAGGCAAAGGUCAGACUAACAUCUUCGCUGAUCCAAUCAUGAUGGAGAAAAACUCCAUAGCUAAACUCCUUCUACAGCUAUCGUAACAAGCUUAGAUUUAAAAGAAACUGUUGUUUCAGCUUCUGAUUCUAUAGGAAUUCAUGCGACUUGGUUUGGUAAAUAUGGGCAGACAGACAAAAGAUUUCCUAUAAGUUAUGGACAUUACACAUUUAAAAUAAAGUAUGUUUAAACAAACUGUUUGCCUGAAAAACUGUAACCCUUUUUUCUCAACUUUACUGCUUUGCUGAAUGUUGGCAUCAUUAUGUGAAAUAUCUCAUAAGAGGAUGUGGGACAUAUGUGAAAAUCGAAUUACUGACAUUUCAACACAGAUAUUUUAGCAUAUUGUAUGAGCAUUAGUUUCAUAAUCUUGAAGGGCAAAGUCACUUUGAAAUUAUUUCCCUAUAGAUAUUACUUGAAAUGUAUUCAUGUUUACAACGGCAUAUUAGGGCCAUUGUAUAGAUUUUUAUUUCCUGAGUCGUGGAAGAGGGGUAAUAUUCCGA